ACCAAUCCUGUGCGUCCGCUGAGGCGGGCGUUCCUUGCAUUACCUCUGGUGUUUACAUCCAAACACGAAGUAACUUCAACAUGUCAGCCUCCAUAGCACGGGCGACAGUGAGGGCGGUUAGCAGACGGAAAAUACUGCCAACAAGAGCCGCUUUAACGCUGACGCCUUCAGCUGUGAAUAAAGUCAAGCAACUUUUACAGCACAAACCAGAAUAUGUGAACAGAAAUGUCAUUGAUGUAAAUGUUUGUUCUUCAGGCGUGAGAGUGUUCAUAGAGAAGAAGGCUCAGCUGACGCUGCUCGGCACGGAGAUGGAUUUUGUUGAAACGAAACUUUCCAGCGAGUUUGUGUUCAACAAUCCCAACAUCAAAGGCACGUGUGGCUGUGGGGAAAGCUUCAGCAUAUGAACCUCGCCGCACGUUUGGCUUCAUCUAAAGCUUGAGCCCUCCAGGACAUCCAGUCCAUAUCCUAGAUUCAAACAUCCAUCUUGAAGAUUUGUGGGUAAAGAGCUGGAGAAAGAGACUGAUAUUUAGUGGCCUGUUUGGCCAUCAUGUCCUGUGCUGCCUCCGUUCACCUCGACACAAACCCAGAAAAGCCCUGCUUACAAAUACAGUCGUUACCUUAAAAAUAUGUUUCGUUUGUUCAUUUCAUUGCUUGAACACACUUUAUUGAGCAGCUUGAUGUGUUUAAUGUGCCUGUGUCUUAUGCGGCUCUGAGGAGGGUUUCAGUUACACUCCAUGUUAGUGGUUCAAGAGGAAUUAAUUGCUUUGGUGUUUUCUCAGAAAGUUGUGUGUCGUCCAGUCGCUCUGAUAGGGAUUCAUAUUUGAUAAUCCAGUUAUCCUGAUGAGCUGAACCUGCUGGAUGUCGUAACACGUCCUCCUUACAGCAACAACCUAAAUCUACACUUCAAGAAAUCUGCAGCUGCUUCCUCAUGGCUGUUUUGUGUACAUUUGGUGGGUUGUGGACCAGCAGUGCAAAUCUGUUAUAAUCUACAUAAUAUUGAAAGGUUUCUCUGUCUGGUGGAUGUUGAGCGAGUAUUAACUUUGCGCUUUCAGCAUGCCACGUUUUGUCAUUUGCUCUAUAAUGUGAUUAACAAGCAGCACAGGAACUGAUGCCAAGUUUUGAAAUGCAAUUGUUUGACUUGAACUUGUUUUCUGUUGA